ACAAUAAAUACAAGAUAGGAGGGUGUGAUAUGAAACCUGAAAAACAAACAUGCAGAAACUAGCAGUCGGAAAGUAAAAAACGAGAGUGUGAAACCUGUCCAGAAAUUAAAUAGAGAGCUGGAAAGGAAGAGAGAAUUAAGAAAGAAAACAAUGGGGAGCUGUCACUAUUAAACCCUCUGUUUCAGCAAUUCUCCUCUUGUACAAGAGAACCGUCCUGUGCUGCUUGUGCUUUUGGCAAAAGAAAAACUUGGUCUCCAUUCAUCAUCAUACUGUGAAUCAGAUCUGCAACUAGGCAAGUCCGGCCGUGUCAUCUGAAGAAUUAACUUUCAUAUCUCGAAGGAAAAAUUCUUUUCACAAUCUUGAUAGCUUAGUUCCUUUUUACGGAAGGAAAAAAGGAAGUUAUGGCACUCGGAAAGAUCUUUCUUUCGACAUUCCUUGAAGUGCUGCUCGGUAGGAUGGCCUCUGAAGAGAACCAGCAAUACUUCAGCCGCAUACUUGGCAUUGACAAAGAGAUGCAGAAGUUGAAAGUAAUGUUGUCCUCAGUUCAAGCGGUGCUGAAUGAUGCAGAGGAGAAGCAAUUAUUGAACCUUGCGGUGAAAGUGUGGCUGGAUGAUCUCAGAGACCUAGCUUAUGAUGUGGAAGACAUAUUGGAUGAUUUUACAACUGAGAUGUUACGACUUCAGAUAGAAAAAGAAUAUGAGGCAACCACAAUAAGUAAGGUAUGGAGACCAUUUUCCAAAGUUCAAUUCAACUUUGAUCGAUUGCAAGUGAUAUCUAAAAGAAAAGACCAGCUUCGUUUAAAUGAGAUUGGGACAUCAUCUGCCAAGGCACAGCAAAUACCACCCAGUUCAUGUCAACUCGAUGGACCUGUGAUUGGAAGGGAGAAGGACAAGAUGAAGAUUGUUGAAUUUCUGUCAAAAGAAGAGCCUUGCAGUACCAUCAAUUAUCAAGUAGUUGCAAUUGUUGCCUUGUUGGUAUGGCUGGAGUCGGAAGGACCACACUGGCAGGACAUGUAUUCAAUGAUAAUGCAGAGGAAAUAUUUGACUUAAACCUAUGGGUGUCUGUAUCCGAUGACUUCGACCUUGUAAGAGUGACAAAGGCAAUUCUUGAAUCAGUCACAACUAAUACUGUGACGGAAUUCAAAGAGUUCAACAAGGUUCAGGAAAAUCUGAGCAAGGAACUAGCAGGUAAAAAGUUUUUAAUUGUUCUGGAUGAUGUUUGGAAUACAUAUGGCUACGGUCUAUGGACAAAAUUGCAGUCCCCACUUCGUGUUGGAGCACCAGGAAGUAAGAUACUUGUGACAACGCGUGAUGAAGACGUAGCAAAAAUGAUGGGAGCCACUGAAGUUCAUAAUUUGAAUGGUAUAUCAAAUGAUGAUUGCUGGAAAGUUUUUGAGCAGCAUGGACCCUUGAAUCUUCACAAUGACGUGCCAACAGUUUCUGAGUCACUCAAGGAGAAAAUUAUUGCAAAGUGCAAUGGAUUACCUUUGGCAGCGAGGGCUUUGGGUGGUCUUCUAUGUUGUAAAGAAAGAUAUGAAUGGGAAGAGAUACUCGGCAACAAAAUGUGGAGUCUAUCAGACGAGAGUGGCAUUCUCCCAGUGUGGGUCAGGGCUACAAGAGAUUGGGACAUUGUUGCAUCUACAAGGGGCACUGCGCCUCUCAAUACUGGAGAAUGUGCUUUGUGUUGCAGAUGCUAAUAGUGCCAACUUAAAAGGCAAGGAGAGGCUUGAAGCCUUGUUACUAGAAUGGUCUGAUUCUAGUGGCUCAGCAGAAAUUGCAUCAGAUGUGCUUGACAAGUUACAACCCCAUAGGAAGCUCAAAGAACUAACAAUCUGCGGUUAUGAU